AUGUGGAGCACGGUGUGGAGCACCACAUCUCACCUCGCAGGAGCCCAGGUCAUCGCCAACUCUGGCCAUGAUGACAUGAUUCACGAUGCAGUCCUCGACUACUACGGCCGGAGGUUAGCGACGUGUUCCUCAGAUCGCACCAUCAAAAUCUUUGAGAUUGAAGGCGAGACGCAGCGGCUCACAGAGACACUCAAGGGGCACGAUGGCGCGGUAUGGUGCGUCUCAUGGGCGCACCCAAAAUACGGCAACAUCCUGGCGAGCGCGGGCUACGACGGGAAGGUGCUGAUUUGGCGCGAGAUGAACGGGGCGUGGCAGCGCAUCUUUGACUUUGCGCUGCACAAGGCCAGCGUCAACGUCGUCUCGUGGUCGCCGCACGAGGCAGGUUGCCUGCUCGCCUGCGCCUCGUCCGACGGCAACGUCAGCGUGCUCGAGUUCAAGGACAACAGCUGGGAGCACAGCAUCUUCCACGCACACGGCCUCGGCGUCAACUCGGUGUCCUGGGCGCCCGCAACCAACCCAGGCAGCAUCGUCAGCAGCAAGCCCAACCCCAAGGCCACGGGCAACCGGCGGUUCGUCACGGGCGGGUCCGACAACACGCUCAAGAUCUGGGUAUACGACCCGGCCACCAACGGGUACAAGAUGGAGCGCGAGCCGCUGACGGGCCAUACCGACUGGGUGCGCGACGUGGCGUGGAGCCCGACGGUGCUGCAAAAGAGCUACAUAGCGAGCGCUUCCCAGGAUCGGACGGUGCGUAUCUGGACCAGCGAUCCUGCUAACCCGGGUAACUGGAACUGCAAGGUACUCAACUUUGACGCGGCCGUCUGGCGCGUGAGCUGGUCGCUGAGCGGGAACGUCCUGGCGGCGAGCAGUGCCGACAACAAGGUGACGCUGUGGAAGGAGAACCUCCGGGGCGAGUGGGAAUGUGUCAAGGUUAUCGAGGAGUAA